GCUCCAGCAGACAGCAGCAGACAGCUCACAAGAGAGAAGCUUAGUGGGGUGGUGUGUGCUUGAUGUGUGCCUGUGGUUUGUUUUACUGAUUGCUGUAGUUUUCUUUUUCUUUUUAUGAUUGUGUAUUGUUUUGGUGUUUAUUGUGCUGUGUCUGUCGAUUUGACGAACACGUUGAAAAAGGAGCAAUCAGACGACAAACAAGUUCAAACUGAAAUCGAAAUGAAGAAUGUCUACACGGUGUGAACGUUGAAAAAAACAAACAACCAAAACAAAAGCCAAUGAGCGUCGGUGUGUCCUUUGUCAAUCCCGUUGACCGCUUCAACAGACACAAAGACCACAGUUGACUUUUUCGGCGUGACACUUAGAAAAUAAGUCGACAAAGUGGAAGAAGUUUUGGAUGACGCCAUUGAACUGUUUCGCAGGUAAUGGAAUGGUGACGCGAAUUGGGUGUCGGAAGUGCUGGACUCCGACCGGACAACGGGAACUAACAGAGCCGCUGAUGGAUCGAACCAUGCCGCACCUCACGCAAUUGAAACGCUAACAACAACACCUCCCCCCCCAAAAAAAAACAAACAAAACAAAACAAAACAAAAAAACAAAAAACAGAAACUGAUCGCAAAAAUACGGGAGAAGGAACAGGUGGUGAUAAUAAGAAGGAAAAAACUAUCAAAAAAACGACACGAGGAAAAAGCUUAGGCGUUUCAAUAAGUGGUUCCAGUUCGCGUUGCGUGUUUUUUGUUUGGCCGUGCGUGUGCACCUGCAAGUGUCGUCUCGUCACAAAGUGCGGUGGGGAAUGAAUGACCGGCCGUCGUCGUCGUCAUCAUCAUCCGGCGACGCCGGCAUUGCCCCUCCACCUGCUGCCGUCGAAGGAUGGGGCGCGAUGCUGCAAGAUUCGAACGGGCCGGCAGGGCCGGACACGAUCCAGCAUCACGACCAAUCGCCUUUCGUGACCCACAGUAGGAAUAACAGCCAAUAUCAUCACCACCACCACCACCACCACCACUAUCAUCAUCCUCAAAAUAACCAUCUCUAUCACCAUCAGCAACAGCCUCCUCACCUUAUCAAAGGCGGAAUGGUGAACGGAUUGAGCGGUGGGGACGAGCCGUCCCAACAGCAUUUUCACCAUCAUCACGAGGCGGAAUCGGAUGCAGAUGAAGAAGUCAGAAGCCUCGAUUUGCCCGCUCAAGUUGGCAUCGAUCUGCGGAGUAAGCGGGUCGGUUCGACCGAAGCGCUGGAUAGGGAACGGCCCAUGUCGUGGGAGGGCGAACUGUCGGACCAAGAGGUCAGCCAAAUGGAUCAGGAAUUAGCCACGGCUUCUUCCACCUGCCCGGCGGAAUCGACAUCGCAGCCAACGGGCGGACCGAGCCCACCUCAGCAGCCGCCGCCUCCGCUUCCAGCUCAGAGCGUCAUGGCGACGCUCAAGACGGAGCCCAUUCACGAAGAAGAGGCCGAAGAGGAACUGGACGAGGACGAGCACGAAAUGGAAGGUAUCCAAUCGGCAGGGCCGGGCAGCCCGCAACCGAUGUGCACGAACGCCGGAGACGAAGCGCUGCGGCACGAUGGCAACGUGGGCCAGCAUCCGCAACAUCAGGCCAUGCCUCCGCCGUCGUCGUUGUCCUUUCAUCAUCACCACGCGCAACAUCAACAUCACGCACCGCCUCCGGCCGAGAUCAAAACGGAACUGGCCUGGAAUGCGGACUGUGGGCCCAAGGCGGAGUCGGUUGCCGGAGUCCGUCCCAGUCCGCCGUUGACGUCAUCGGCCGCCCCGGCGGCAGUGACCAGUAGUUUCAACACGACGACGGCCACGGCCUCCAAUUCCGGAUUCACUCCAUCAGCCGUGCCGAGGCCGACCUUCGGCGAAGCCUUCACCGGUCACACUCCGUUGGCCAGCCCGCUGACGAGUCGCCAUCCUAUUCGAUUGCCAUUAGCAGCCGCUUCCGGUCUUCCACAUCCGCCGACGCCAUCGCCGGAUUCAGCUAUUCAUUCGGCUUACUACUCACCAACGGCCAGUCCAGGACAGUCGCGGCAUCGUUCCGGCAGUGGCCUAAGCUCGCCUUACUCGCACCGGGCCAGCCCGUCCUUGUCGCGCAAUAAUUCGGACGCGUCGCAAUACUCUGUCCAUUCUCAGUACGGCGGAUCGCAGUACAGCUACAGCUCUGCGCCUUCGCCACUCAGCCCGUCGCCCGCUCAAUCGCCUGUCCAGCCGAGGCACAUGGCCAUGUUGUCGGCCGCAGGCUACGGCCUUCCCGGCAGAUCGGGUGGCGGACUGGCCGGCAACGGAGAAUUCCCACCGUCGCCGCUCCUCUACCGACACGGACUUCCAGCCCCGUUUCCCGGUGCCACUCCGGCCGGAUCUCUUCCCGGCGUCCGCGACUUGGAGAUCAAAAGCGAACCGGCCGGUGCGGCUGGUCAUCCUCCGGGAUUGUCUACUACGGAUACGAACGAUGACAGCCGGGAAGGCUCGGGUGAAGAGAAGAGUUUGAAUCCGUCGGAUUUAGCGCAGCACACGGCGUCGCUGGCCGCCCAGGCUGGCAUCUCUCGCCAGCAGCUGAUCAACAGCCCUUGUCCCAUCUGCGGCGACAAGAUCUCGGGCUUCCAUUACGGCAUCUUUUCCUGCGAGAGCUGCAAGGGCUUUUUCAAACGAACCGUCCAGAACAAGAAGAACUACGUGUGCCUCAGGGGAGCCGCCUGCCCGGUCACUAUCGCCACCCGCAAAAAGUGUCCCGCCUGUCGAUUCGAAAAGUGCCUCAACACCGGCAUGAAACUGGAAGCCAUCCGCGAGGAUCGCACUCGAGGCGGACGGAGCACUUACCAGUGUACUUACGCCGUUCCCAGCGGAUCGUCGGGAACGCCGUCGGGCGUUGUUGGCGGUGAUUCGUCGAUGGGCGGAUCUUCAUCGAACGGCGGCGGCAAAGUGUUGUUGACGCCCAACGGAGACAGCAGCAGUUCGAGGUCGAUGGAUUCGUCCGAGUGGAGCUCGUCGCCUCCGUCUGCCACGCCAGGUGGCGGCCAUCAUCAUCACAACCACCACGGCCACCACAAUCCCCAUCUGCUCCAUCAUCAACAUCCGCACCAUCCGAGCAACACGUCGGCGGCCGUGCCGCAGCUCUUGCUCGAGAUCAUGAACGUGGAACACUUGUGGCAUUGCAACGAAUCGGACGGCAGUGCUCAACAGCAUCGCAGCAGCACGGCCGCUGCGGCGGGAACGAACAACAGCUCCUCUGCGCCAUCGUCGUCGAGCAGAGCGACGUCGAAUAAAGCGGGAGCCGAUGGCGGCAGCAGUCACAACAAUGGCGGCACCGCCGCCGAAGGCGAUUCCGUCUCCAGUCUGUGCAGCAUCGCCGAUCACCGACUCUACAAGAUCGUCAAGUGGUGCAAGAGUCUUCCGUUGUUUAAAAAUAUCCAGAUUGACGAUCAGAUUUCGCUGCUGAUCAACACGUGGUGCGAGCUGUUGCUCUUUGCCUGCUGCUUCCGCUCGAUGGCCACCCCGGGCGAGAUUCGCAUUUCGCACGGCAAGUCCAUCACGCUGGAACAGGCCCGCACCCUGGGUCUGGGUUCGUGCAUCGAACGGAUGAUCCACUUCACGGAUCAUUUGCGCCGAUUGCGCGUCGACCAGUUCGAAUACGCGGCCAUGAAAGUCAUCAUCCUAUUGUCUUCCGACACGAGUGGACUGAAGGAAUCAGAAAGCGUGCGUAGCUCGCAGGAAUCAGUGCUCAAAGCCUUGCAGCAAUACACGCUUUCGCACUAUCCAGACGUGCCGUCUAAGUUUGGAGAACUUUUGCUCCGGAUACCCGAACUGGAACGCACCUGUCAGGUUGGCAAAGACAUGCUGACCGUCAAGCGUGAAGGAGACGGCCAAGGAUUCAAUCUGUUGAUGGAGCUCCUUCGCGGAGAUCAUUAGCGAUUGUUGAGACGCACAAGAAUCAUCACGAGAAAAAAUCUUUUUUCCCCAUUUUUUUUUUUUGGACAAAAAAAUUAUUUCGGAUUUGUUUUGUUUUUUUUCGCGUGUCGUUCGUACACGAUUUUUGACUGUGAUGGAAGCUUCACGCGGAAAUGGAUUCGCAUUGGCUUUGCAACUUGAUUCUUCGUCACGCAACCGAUUCCUUCCAUUAGAAAAAAAAAAAAAAAGAGAAAAAGCUUUUUGUUUUUGGAACAAAAAAUGUGAAGAAGAAAAGAAAAUGAAGCGAAAUUGGAAACCAGUAACCCAUUCCACGGAAUUGAACCGAUCCCCAGUGAAAGAAUAAGUAAUGAUAUGUUAAGUAGUGCUGCGUGCUCUAGUGAAGGAAAACCCAUUUCAACCAAAAUUGGUUGUCUAUGCAAAAAAAGAAAAAAAAAACAAAAAAACAAAACAAAGAAAAAAAUUGAAAAUUGUGCAAAAAGAAAACAAAGAAAAAAUUUCGCCGGAAAAGCCACACAAAAAAAAAAAAGUAACAGAGAUUAUCCUUAUUAUUCCUCCUUCCCUUCUCUUCUUCCUGUUCCGUCGGUGACGGAUCGAAAUGGACCCCACAAUCGAAAAAUUAGAAGUAAGGUUUUUUAUAAUUAUUUGUGAACGUUUUUGGUCCAUUAUUUGUCAUCUUCCCCUCUUUUUUGGGGGGAAGGGUAUAUCAUCCUUUUACUUGUUUUAGGUUGUUUUUGUUUUGUUUUUUUUAUAUUUCCCUCUCUGGUUCCACUUGCGAGUGCAAUCUGCCCCGUUCCCCCCCCCCCCCCCCCCCCCCCCAGCUUUAUCUGUCCAAAAACAUUGUCUGUUAUCUCUCCAGUUUUUAUUUGAUUUAAUUCUCUCUUUUUUUUUUUUUUCUUUUUGGCCGUCUGCAUUUGAUGGCUGAAAAAAAAAAAAAAAGAAGAAGAAGAAGAAACCCAUGAGGCUAUUUAAAUUCCUUUUGUAAACUAGGUGCUCUCUAGCUUUUUCUCUCUCUCUCUCUCUCUCUGUCUGUCUGUCUUCUAUUUUAUAAUUUUUUUUUUUUUUGUUUUGGCAUAGCAAGCGAAAAAAAGAGAGACAGAGAGAAAGAGAAUAUAUAUGUACGUGGUCAA